AAUAAUGAGUAAUAUCGAUAACAAAUAAUUUAGAUAAAAAAAGAACACCGAGAAGUUGCAUAUCUCUUGUCUUCUUAUCGCAAUUCUUAUCGAACAAACUUCAAGGGCUUUUUAAAAGAGAGAGAGAAAAAAAGAGAGAAUGCGUUUUAUGAACUUAAAAAGUGUAUAUGAUAAUUCGCUCGAGAGACGUUUAUUAGUUCUCCCGAACGUUUAGAUUCGUUUAUCUGCGCUGUUUGUAAUCAUAUAACAUGAAUUACAGAUAUAGAUAAAAUGUAUAGCAUUAGGCAGGCAUUUUAUAUUGCAAAUCGGUCAGUCGUACCGAUGAAUCUGUCAACAUCAGUCAUGUCGAGCGACCUGGACCUUGCGAAGUGCUGCGAGUUCGCAAAGGAACUCACGUUGCGAGCUGGUAAGAUAAUCAAACAUGCUUUCAAGGGGGAAAAGAUUGUAUAUAAGAAAGAAGCAGCAUGGGACUUCGUAACCGAUAUUGAUCAAAAAGUUGAGAAAAUGUUCAUUGAUGGUCUGUCCAAGGAGUUUCCCGAUCAUAAGAUUAUCGCAGAGGAAACAAUAGCCGCGUUAAAGGAGUUGCCGAAAUUGACAGAUGAGCCGACCUGGUUCCUCGAUCCGAUUGACGGAACCAUCAACUUCAUACACACGUUUCCACAGUGCUGUAUAUCCGUAGGUCUAACGGUUUGCAAAAAACCUGUUCUAGGCAUCAUCUAUAAUCCCAUGACCUCGGAGCUGUAUACCGCGAUAAGUGGCCAAGGCGCGUUUUUGAACGGAAAACGGAUUUACACCUCCAAAAUCACCGAAUUAAAGAAAGCAAUGCUAGAAAUCGAGCCGACAGUUAUGAUAAUAUUACUAGGAAAGGACAGAUUUCUCACCAGAAUAGAAACCUUAGUCGGGACCGCGAAAGCAAUAAGAAGCGUAGGAUCAGCUGCACUAGGCUUGGCAUAUGUAGCCCGGGGUGCGCUGGAUUGUUAUCAUAUGGAUGGUCUUCAGGCUUGGGAUGUCGUGGCAGGAAUAGUUCUUGUUCACGAAGCAGGUGGAACUGUUAUGGAGUCAACAGGUGGCGUCUAUGACAUUAUGAAGCCGAAUACCAUCGCGGCUUCGAAUGAAACCUUGGCACGUGAGCUGUCCAAAUUAAUCGUCGAAACUGACUUGAAGGUGCAAAGGAAACUAGCUUGAGAGCAAAACAAAAAAGGCACGAAUCACGUUAAAUGACUGAUUGUGACUGAGAAUGACUGAAUAUGAAGCAAAAGGAGGCGUGUCCUCUUGAAAGAGGAAACCGUGUCUGUAUCACGUAACUCACGAGAAAAUUAUACUUAUAAAAAACCAGUCUAAAGAAGUUUCCGUUGAAAAGUCCUACUCUGACACACUCGUGGUAUUAAUUCGAUUGCAUUAAUGUAAAGAUGUGCUGCGCAAUAAAUUAUCAUUGAUUUUUCCUA